GCUGGAACAAGCUUCUCUUUGGGGUUGUAAUGGCCACCCAAGGCAGGGCAGCUUUAGGUCUUAUCUCUAGGGGUGCUGUUCUCCAGAAGCAGGAAGGGCGCCUGACUGUAAAGCAGGAGCCAGGAGGCCAGACCUGGAGGCAGGGCUGCAGUCUCCAAAGGAACCACCCUCCCGUUUGUGAAAUUUUCCGGCUACACUUCAGGCAGUUAUGUUACCACGAGAUGUCUGGGCCCCAGGAGGCGCUGAGCCGGCUGCGGGAGCUCUGCCGCUGGUGGCUGAUGCCAGAGGUACACACCAAGGAGCAGAUCCUGGAGCUGCUGGUGCUGGAGCAGUUCCUGAGCAUCCUGCCGGGGGAGAUUCGGACCUGGGUGCAGCUGCAUCACCCCGAGAGUGGUGAGGAGGCCGUGGCUGUGGUGGAGGAUUUCCAGAGACAUCUCAGUGGCCUGGGGGAGGUCUCAGCUCCAGCACAGGGACAGGAAGUGCAUCUGGAGGAGCUGACAGGCUUGAGUGCAACAGAGGAGUCGCCUCCUGCCUCCCCCGUCGGUGACGGUUCAGCCGCUGGAGGCCACCUGGAGCCUCUUCCUGAUGCAGGGGCACGCCAGCCCCGCAGUGGGCGCUCCGUCAUUCAUGUAUUUAGCAAGUUUUUGUCAAGCACAUGCCAUGGGAAAGGCACUGUUGGGAGCAGAGACCCAUGGUACACCGUCACCACUUUCAAAGAGCUAGUUACCUAGUUGGCAGAGUGUAAGAAGAGACAACCUCAUAAGAAGCAUGAGUAACAUCUGUCCCCAGGCAUCUGAAGCCAUCACAAAUGAGCAAUAUGGACAUGUUAAUGGGGAGCUGGCAUGUGUAGGGAUGCUUCCUGGAGGAGGUAGCAGUGGGAUUGGACAGUGAAAUAUCAAGGAGAAAGUGAAGGAGUCGAGGAAGGUGGUGGGCCCCAGAAUGGGGAAUAUAAGCAAAGACUCUAGGUGGUUAAUGCU